GGAUGCUCCAGACCUUAUAUGACUACUUCUGGUGGGAACGGCUGUGGCUCCCUGUGAACUUAACCUGGGCUGAUCUAGAAGACCGAGAUGGACGUGUCUACGCCAAAGCCUCAGACCUCUAUAUCACACUACCCCUGGCCUUGCUUUUCCUCAUCAUUCGAUACUUCUUUGAGCUUUACGUGGCUACACCACUGGCUGCCCUCCUGAAUGUAAAAGAGAAAACUCGGCUGCGGGCACCUCUCAACCCCACUUUGGAGCAUUUCUACCUGACCAGUGGCAAGCAGCCCAAACAGGCAGAGGUAGAGCUUCUGUCACGGCAGAGCGGGCUCUCUGGCCGCCAGGUAGAGCGCUGGUUCCGCCGCCGCCGCAACCAGGACCGGCCCAGUCUCCUCAAGAAGUUCCGAGAAGCAAGCUGGAGAUUCACGUUUUACCUGAUUGCUUUCAUAGCCGGCAUGGCUGUCAUUGUAGACAAACCCUGGUUCUAUGACAUGAGGAAAGUUUGGGAGGGAUAUCCCAUACAGAGCCUCAUCCCUUCCCAGUAUUGGUACUACAUGAUUGAACUGUCUUUCUACUGGUCCCUGCUCUUCAGCAUUGCUUCUGAUGUCAAGCGAAAGGAUUUCAAGGAACAGAUCAUCCACCACGUGGCCACCAUCAUCCUCAUUAGCUUCUCCUGGUUUGCCAGUUACGUCCGAGCAGGGACUCUUAUCAUGGCUCUGCAUGACUCUUCUGACUACCUGCUAGAGUCAGCCAAGAUGUUUAACUAUGCGGGAUGGAAAAACACCUGCAACAACAUCUUCAUCGUCUUUGCCAUUGUCUUCAUCAUCACCCGACUGGUCAUCCUGCCCUUCUGGAUCCUGCACUGCACCCUGGUAUACCCACUGGAGCUCUAUCCUGCCUUCUUUGGCUAUUACUUCUUCAAUUUCAUGAUGGGAGUGCUACAGCUGCUGCAUAUCUUCUGGGCCUACCUCAUUUUGCGCAUGGCCCACAAGUUCGUAACUGGAAAGCUGGUAGAAGAUGAACGCAGUGACCGGGAAGAAACAGAGAGCUCAGAGGGGGAGGAGGCUGCAGCUGGGGGAGGAGCAAAGAGCCGGCCCCUAGCCAACGGCCACCCCAUCCUCAAUAACAACCAUCGUAAGAAUGACUGAACCGUUGUCCCUGCUGCCCCUCAGAUUAAUGCAUAAAGCCAAGGAACUACCCCACUCUCCCCACAGGGUCGCUUGAAGCGCUGGGGAGAAAGGAGAAAGCAAGAGGAGGGUGUUCU